AUACACAAUGUUGAAACAAGUUAGAGCAGUAUGCCUAAAUCAUCGAUCGUCAAGUGGCUGACCAUGCUCCCUGUGUUCAAUUAUCACAAAGGUGACGACUCAGACGAAGUUCUGCCGAGCUCCCAGCCCCCUGCUGAUGUUGUAAACCCCUGCCCUAUCCCGCCUAAACUUGAGAACGGUGCCUCCACCCUCGACGGGACUCGGGGCAAUAUCUUCUAUCGCUGUAAUCCUGGUUACAUGUUGUAUGCGCCCAAUGGAAACACACUACGAUGCGUGGACGGACAGUGGGUUGGAUCUGUUCCAGUGUGCUCAGCUAAAGGUUGUCCAGAAAAAUCGGUGGUGGAGUCUUCCAGCAUGACUCGUCGAAACAGAGGUGCCGUCUUCGAGGUCAACUGCUGGGCCAGAUUUGAGCUCGAGGGACCCGCGUUCAUUUACUGCGACGGAGCCCGCUGGAGGAAUGAACCCCGGUGCGUCGUCCCUAGUUGCUCGGAGCCUCCAAUAAUUCCCAAUGCAAGAAUGACGAUAACGCAAGGUGGACGAGGUGUUUCAUAUUCAUGUGACUCUGGUUUCACCAAAAAGCUUGGGUCCAAGACUUUACAAUGCAACUCUGAUGGCCAAUGGACAGGCAUAGCAGCUGUGUGCGCUCGUGCUGGCUGCCAAGUUCCCAGUGUAAACGCCGUCCCUAAUGGUGUGAUUGCCGUCAGCCAGUCGAUGGUGUUGAAGAUGACGUGUCAUCCUGGGUACGACUUGGUAGGUUCUCCAGCUCUGUUUUGCGAUGGACAGAGAUGGAACGGGAAUCUGCCGACUUGCCGGCGGCAACCAAACGGCGAUGGCUAUCCCUCCAGAGUUGAAGAUGGUGAUCGCUGCGGAAGCAUUCCACCCGUUCCAAACGCUAUACAACAGUAUGCAGUACAGCUUGAUGUUCGAGGGAGGUCCUUCUACACUGUGAGGUACAUCUGUGACUCCGGGUACACCAUACAACCCGCCAACUACGCCGUGUACUGCUCAGCAGGAAACGUCGUCGGGACUCUUCCUCAUUGUUACGCUCAGUGUGGAUAUGGAAAAGGAGGUUGCCAACACGUGUGUACAGACACCGACCAGGGUGCUGUUUGCUCGUGCAGAGAUGGCUACAAGUUGACAUAUAAUGGGAAAAGAUGCACAGAUAUUGAUGAAUGUGCCAGCAAUAGAGGGCGUGGUGCAUGUGCGCAUCGGUGCGUCAAUCACGAUGGGGGAUUUCGAUGUGAAUGUUACCAUGGACAUACAUUAGCGACUGAUGGAACUUCUUGCACAGAAAAUCCGACAUCUUGUAGCUGUGGGACACACGGCCAUUGCGUCGAAGCACGCGGUACAACUCCAGCGUUCUGCCGGUGUAAUGACGGUUACCAACAGAGCACCGAUCGUCUCAGUUGUGACAGAGUUCCCCAGACUCAAUGUAGCUGUGGCGUUGGAUCUAUAUCAUGUCGGGAAGAAAAUGGAGAGAGAAUCUGUACCUGCAGGACAGGCUAUCGGCAAAGUGGUGAUAGAUGUGUUGAUAUUGACGAGUGUCAAGAAAACGGCGGUCUAGGGGACUGCCAGAAGGGUUGUAUGAACACCGCAGGUUCCUACAGGUGCUACUGCCCGGGAAAAUGGCAGUAUAUGUCCGAAGACUUGAGGACUUGUCGAGAAUGCCAUGUAAUUUUUGAUCAUAACAGACCGUCCAUGUUACUGUGGUACUGGAUCAACUGGCUGUUCUCAGCCCAACGGGAGGAAGAUCUGUACAUGCGCUGA